AGAGAGAAAAUGAAAUAAGUAAAAUAUGAGAUAAAUAAAAUGGAAAUUAGGUUAAGAAAAUCAUUAUAUAGUUGCUUGAAUAGAAAGUUAACAAAAAUGAAAAAAGAUGAAGAAAAAAAAAUGGCAGAAUGGUUCAAUAUAAAACGACGUAGUAGCAUGGGGGUGUAGGAGAAGCUGGCUACCCUAGAGUCUAGGCAAAAAUUUGUAUUACAAGGUCGGGCUCCAAUCCAAUAAAGAAACAAAUUUAGUAGCCCAUUCCACAUAGUAAAGACAACCCAAAAAAAGGCCCAAAAAAGACACACCACUCUUCUUCCUCCACAUUCGAAAGUAAAGAAAAACCCCUAAAAACACAAAAUCCUAAAACCCUCAGAUUCCGUUUUCUGGUGCGGCUAAAACCCUCUUCCGUCGUCAUUUUCCCCCAAUCUUCUUCCUCAAAUCGCCUAAAAUGGCAUCAAUUGCUCUGCGAAACCCUAAUUCCAAACGACUUCUUCCUUCUUCUUCUCACCAAAUCCAUUUCUACUCCAACGCUUGUCGAGCUCUUCUCUCUCCUACCUCAUCUACUUCCGCCAUUGUUGAACAAGCUUCCAGAAAUGAGUCUGCUUCUCUCUCCUCUUGGUGGCGAUCUAUGGCUACCUUUACACGAUCGAAGCCUCAUGUCAACGUAGGAACUAUUGGACAUGUUGAUCAUGGGAAGACAACAUUGACUGCAGCAAUCACAAAGGUUUUGUCAGAAGAGGGGAAUGCCAAGGCUGUUGCUUUUGAUGAAAUUGACAAAGCUCCCGAAGAGAAGAAGAGAGGAAUUACCAUUGCAACGGCUCAUGUAGAGUAUGAGACUAAAAAGCGACACUAUGCGCAUGUUGAUUGUCCUGGACAUGCUGAUUAUGUCAAGAAUAUGAUUACUGGAGCUGCUCAGAUGGAUGGUGGUAUUCUUGUUGUGUCUGCUCCUGACGGGCCCAUGCCACAGACCAAGGAGCAUAUUCUACUUGCUCGUCAGGUUGGUGUGCCGUCAUUAGUUUGUUUUUUGAACAAAGUGGAUGCUGUUGAUGACCCAGAGUUAAUUGAGUUGGUAGAAAUGGAACUCCGUGAACUUCUCAGCUUCUACAAAUUCCCUGGGGAUGACAUCCCUAUUAUUAGGGGUUCAGCCUUGUCUGCCUUGCAAGGCACAAAUGAUGAAAUUGGGAGGCAAGCCAUCCUGAAGCUAAUGGAUGCUGUCGAUGAUUACAUUCCCGACCCUGUCCGUGUUCUUGACAAACCUUUCUUGAUGCCAGUUGAGGAUGUUUUCUCGAUUCAGGGACGUGGAACAGUGGUGACUGGUCGUGUUGAACAGGGCAUGAUCAAAGUUGGAGAGGACGUAGAGAUUUUGGGGUUGAUGCCGGGUGGUCCAGUGAAAACUACAGUGACUGGUGUGGAAAUGUUUAAGAAAAUUUUGGAUCACGGUCAGGCUGGAGACAAUGUGGGUCUUCUUUUGCGUGGACUGAAGAGGGAAGAUGUACAGCGAGGACAGGUGGUUGCUAAACCAGGAAGUUGCAAAACAUUCAAAAGGUUUGAAGCAGAAAUAUAUGUUCUCACCAAGGAUGAAGGUGGUCGUCAUACAGCCUUUGUCUCCAACUACAGGCCCCAGUUCUAUUUGAGAACAGCAGAUGUUACUGGCAAAAUUGAGUUGCCAGAAGAAGUAAAGAUGGUUUUGCCUGGUGACAAUGUGACUGCUACAUUUGAAUUGAUAUCACCUGUUCCUCUUGAACCAGGGCAAAGAUUUGCUUUGAGGGAGGGAGGUCGAACAGUUGGUGCUGGUGUGGUUUCUAAAGUUAUCAGCUAGAAGUGCCAUGGUUGGACGUUAAGAAAGUUGAAGUUGGAUACUUGGAUUUCACACCAGGGAUGCCGUGUUUUUGAAGAUGAGUCUGGAUCCUUGUACUUUUGAGUUUGACAUGAAAAGUAGUAGGAAUCAUUUAAAAUCAGAUAGAAUUGAUUUCUUUAUCAAGCAAAUGCUCACUUUGUAGUUCACAAGAAACGCUCAUAAUUCAACCGGUUUUGAUGGUUGAGUAAAUAAUUUUCUUGGAGUUGCAUAAUUGUUACCAUUGGCCACACUAAUCAAUUAAGUCUUUGAUUUUGUAUGUCAA